ACCUUGUCAGCAGUAUUUCUAAAAAGAUGGCGGUGAGUUCAAGACAAUUCGCGUUUUGCUGAUAAAGAUUUCUAUUUUUGUGAAUCGGAUUUAAGCUAAUUUUUGCCAAAAAAUGGCUAGAUAGUUAGUAUAUUCCAGGGAGAUUUUCUAAGUGCACGAAAAUGCCUCAAUUCCCCGUCGUUCUCAAUGUUUACGACAUGUACUGGAUCAACAACUACACAUUUAAUAUUGGUCUCGGAGUCUUCCAUUCUGGUGUUGUGGUACAUGGAAAAGAAUAUGCAUAUGGUGGUCACCCAUACGAAUGGUCAGGAAUCUUUGACAUGUUUCCAAAGUGUGCAGAAAUGCUUGGGCCAGAGUUUAAAUUUAGAGAAUCAAUAGUCAUCGGGAUGACAGAUUUUAGUUCUGAAGACAUUGAUCACAUUGUAAAUGAGAUGGGUUCAAAAUUUACAGGAGUGUCAUAUCACUUGGUCGACAAAAACUGCAAUCAUUUUACAUCAGAAUUUACACAACUCCUCUGUGGAAAAGCUAUCCCUAACUGGGUGAAUAGACUUGCAAAUGCUGGCUCAUAUUUUCCCUUCCUAUUGAAAUGCCUGCCUAAAGAAUGGAUACGACCUGAGCCAGAUGUCUCAGCAAGCCCCAUUUACUUGAAUGCACCCUUCAAAGACUUUCAUGGCUCAGAUGACGAUGACCAAUCCUCCAAGAAGAGCUGACAGACAUCUAUCAAUCAUUCAUACGCACCGAUAUUCACUGUAUACAGUAGUGCCCUUCUCAUCUUACUAAAGCAUGUUAAUGACUAUACUCACCAUUAUGGCAAACUUCAUAAACAACUAGUCAAGGUUAUUUUUUUUUUCAAGUUAUCACUUGAAAUUAACACAAAAUCAUAUUUUCAAUAAUCUACUCUACUCUGUAUCUCAAAAGCAAAACAAGAAUUGUGAAAACAACCACUUUUAUGUGCAAAAGAUACACAAAUGAUUUGUCUUGGAGUAGUGCCCUUUUCACAUAAUUGUGUGGUCAUGUUUGCACGUUUUAGGAGCAAAAUACCAAAUUACUGGAAGGCUUUCAUUUACAGAAAGCAUAAAAGAUUCACAGGAAACGUGUUGUCAACUUAAUAAUCCACAGCUAACACUUGGGGAAAAAGAAUAUAAUUAUGCAGAUGACAUCAUUAAAAACCUAAAAUAUUUUAGGAAGAAAAUUGUUUAGUGGAAAGUUUCAAUAAAAUAUGACUGCCAAUUA